GUGCUCUUCCCCUGGCCUCCCUUCGCCUGAUGGCCUCCCCCCUGCAGCUGACGUACUCCUACAUAUGGCAGGUCAUACGGCAGAGAAACGUCAAGUUGUACGGGAAAGUGGAGGAGUUUGUCACCAUGGUGACGAGGACCGUCCCCGAGCUCAUGAGUUUCAAGCAGACGGCCCAGCUCGUGUUGGGGUUGAGAGCAAGGAUCAUUUUGGAUUUGCUUCACAAAGAGGGACCACCGGACACUAGGGCUAUACAAACUCUCAUAAAUAAGUUGAAGGUCUCUGCAUCUACAGGGAAGGAUUCAGAAGUGGAGAAAUCUCAAACAAACUUCAUGGUGCUGGUCCAGAGUCUCCUUAAAAGUCCUGCUGAAAGGAAGCGCUUCUUCCAGGAAGUGUUCCCUGUUCACUACGGCACAAAGUUCGAUACAGCUCUGCAGGCUCUGGUUGCAGGUCUUGUUUGCAAACUGGAGCAACUUCUUCCUGUUCCCAAUCUGUCCCAGCUUGGUACCAUGAUCUCAACCGAGUCCACUGUCCUGGAGGCGUGUGGGGGCUUGAUCCCUGAGUCCAGGGACCUCAAGACUCUCCUCCUGCACCAGCAGGCCAAGGGACUCCCCGGUGUGAAAGCAACUAUCUCGUCCUCGGUGGGCGACUGUGUGCUCUCUUCACUCGCCUUCCGGCCUAAACCAGUGGAGCCGCCUGCACCGCCAGAAUCACCAAAGGUCACUCUGAACGAAACAAGCCCAGCCUCCUUCAGUGACACUGAGGACUUGGGGGUGAUGUCCGAUGACUCCGAUGGCAAAGCAGCCACUGCUACUGGAUCCCAGAGAAGAGGGCAGUACAGUCAUAAAACCACUGAUGGCAGUACCGCAAAGCAAAAGAGUGUCACAACAACAGCUCACACUGAGAAUUUGGUGCAAGAGAAGAGUAGCGCACAGCAACAGCCUGCCACACCUCUACAACGCAGAGAGGAAGAUGGGACCCCGGCAGGGCCACAGAAGCCAGAAGCACAGCGGGAGCUUCCCUUGAAGUCAAUCCCCUUCAGGGUAGUUCAAAUGCCGAUCAAAACCCCCUCCACCGGACAGAAUGCAGGCAGCGCAGGAUCAAAAGACGGCCAAAAGCCCCAGACUCAGCGAGUCACAUUGCAUCAGUGGGUGUCGCAGAUUGCCACUAACUCGCUCUCGCUCCCAGCCCUGCCGCCGCUUCCUCCAGCCAGGUUUAGCUCAGGGGACGACAUGAAGCCAAGCAUAAGAAGAAAAAAGCAAAUCAGGCCUCCGGCUGACAGAUUCACUUGUGGCGUGUGCGAUAAGAGCUUCCCAUAUCAGUCCAAGCUAAUGGACCACGAGCGCAUUCAUACAGGAGAGAAGCCGUUCAUUUGCACCGCAUGCAACAAAAGCUUCAGAACGCAGGCGUUCCUCAACAACCACCUGAAGACCCACAGCACGGUGCGCCCUUACGCCUGUGGCCAGUGCGGCAAGUGUUUCACCAAACUGCAGAGCUUGACGAAGCACAUGCUGGCCCACAGCGGCCAAAAGCCCUUCUACUGCAACAUCUGCAACAAGGGCUUCACACAGUCCACCUAUUUCAAAAGACACAUGGAGUGCCACACAAGCCAGAUGACGUUCCCCUGCAAGCACUGCAACAAGAGCUUCCCGACGGCUUUCAAGCUGUCCAACCACGAGCGCUGGCACACCAGAGAUCGCCCUCACAUGUGCGAGCGUUGCGGGAAGAGAUUCCUCGUGCCCAGCUUGUUGAAGAGACACAUGGGCUACCACAUUGGCGACCGUCAGUAUCUCUGCUCCCAGUGCGGAAAGACCUUCGUCUACUUGUCUGACCUGAAGAGGCACCAGCAGGACCACGUGCCCAAAGCAAAGAUCCCGUGCCCUGUUUGCCAAAAGAAGUUCUCUAGCAAGUACUGCCUGAGGGUUCACCUGAGGAUCCACACCAGAGAGAGACCCUACCGCUGCUCCAUAUGCGACAAGAGCUUCACCCAGGUCGGGAAUCUGAAGGUCCACAUCAGGUUGCACACCAACGAGCGACCUUUCAGCUGCGACGUGUGCGGGAAGACCUACAAGCUGGCGUCCCAUCUGAACGUCCACAAAAGGACUCACACGUGCAAGAAGCCCUGGACGUGCGACACGUGCGGGAAGGGAUUCUCCGUCCCCGGCCUUCUUAAGAAGCACGAGCAGUUGCAUACAAGGGACGCUAAUCCUGACUUCUCCGUUAAACGGAGACACAGGGGUAAGCACAAGAAGCACUCCCUCAAGAGGAAGUACGACGAGGAAGACGAGGGUAGCGAUGAUUAUUAAUUUAAAGAAACAUAUUUCAUAACUAGAAGGGCAGUCCUCCGCCAAGGUGUUUUUGUUUGAGGUGGCUGUUUAUGUUCUGGCUUAUGUUUAGUCACUUUGCCAUAGACACAAGUGUUACAACUGACCUACCUAUGAAAAAUAUUUCACAUAUCCGCUCCAGGAUUUCUAUCCACUCUUUUCACCACGUUCCAUGAAAAUGGGGCCAAUAGUUCUUUCAUAAUCCUGUUCACAGACAAACAGCACCCAAAACAUAACCUCCUUGGCAGGGGUCAAGGCUGACCACUGAUAUAAUUAAAAUUGGCUAAUUCAGAAAACUACUACAUAAGUGAGCCUUUAAACCAUGUAAAGGUGUCAAGUGUUUUCGGGGUUCGUUACCUUGUGAAGGUGAUCUAAUCACCAUGAUGGUUUGGGUCGUGAAAACAGAUUUUGAAUGAUGUUUGGAUACGUUUUUUUCCCCUAAUCACUGAGUUUAAAGAAUGCUAAUUUGAGUUAUAAUGGGUAUUUGCUGGUGGCCAUGCCAGCCAGAGCAUCUGAACUAAUAAAGACCAGUGUUUCACUCAUCAGUGCUGUUUUACAUAUAACUAGGUGAUGACGUGACGAAAGUGAUUUAGGUGAUAGAGUUACCGUAAGCUGUCCCAUUUUGAGAUAAAAAAAAAGGUAGCAAUACAACUUUUUUAAAAUCAUUUUCUGAUCUUUGUGUGAGUUGUAAAUAGUUGGUAAUAAUUUUCAUUACAAAAAAACAACCUAUGAUGGUGUAAAAUAAACAUUAUUUUCCAAACAUUGUGCUUUUCAGGACGCUCCCUGAAUAUAG